AUGGCAGAAGACGAGAGUGGAGAUUCUGGUCGGGAAACGAGGAGAUUGAACUCAAAGAAACAGUCUCUAGAGGACGCAUACGCAGCUCCAGCCAACUUUUUGGAAAUCGACGUCGGCAGCCCUCAAACUCACGGACUAGGGAGAAACAGAUACACAGAUUAUGAAGUUCGCAUGCGGACCAACCUCCCAAUAUUUAAGAUAAAAGAGUCAACAGUAAGGCGUCGGUACAGCGAUUUCGAGUGGCUUCGAAAUGAAUUAGAACGUGAAAGCAAGAUUGUGGUGCCAGCUCUACCAGGAAAAGCACUCAAGCGGCAACUUCCGUUUAGAGGAGAUGACGGGCUAUUUAAUGAUGAUUUCAUUGAGGAUAGACGGAAGGGAUUGGAACAGUUUAUUGCCAAAGUGGCAGGUCAUCCUCUGGCACAGAACGAACGAUGUCUGCACGUUUUCUUGCAAGAGCCGAUCAUCGACAAGAACUACACGCCGGGCAAAAUUCGAAACAACUGAUUGGUGGAUUUGGUUACGUAUACUAAGUGUGCGGCUGGGUGUGUGGUAUAAAUUUGCCUUUCAGUA